CCGCCGCUGCUUCAUGUAGCGACACGGCGGCAGUUCAAGCCACAAACGACGACGCCACCGCCAAUGAAAAUGUCCGUAUCUUGAUUUGAGGCAAAAACGGCGAGACAAUUCUGCUUACGUUGAUUAAACUUGAAGAAUAUGAACUUAAUUGAGCAUUUGCUUCAGUGUGUUAAGAAGAAGCUUUACGGAUCUUGAGAGAAGACUUACGGUUCUUUGGAACCAGGCUAUAGAGAUCUUGAUCUUUCCAUAUUUAUCAUUAAUUAUUGUUUGUGCAACAUAAACGAUGCUGUUGUGGUUUUAGUGAGAUAUUAACAGUAGGCUUUCUUUCUUGGAAGGUCCUGUGUUAAAAAGAGAUACAUGAAAUAUGAAUAUAUCCAUUUAUUUGUUAGAAAACCUGUGAAGAGAUCUCCAAUAACCAACAGUGGAAGAAGUAGAUAUUAUCUCUUGGAGCUGAAUCUGAUACACCAUAUUUUCAGUAGUAACUAGUAAAAUGGCCUCCCUGAUUGAAUCAUGCAGUCAAUUGAGAGACAAAGUUGGUACAACAGCCCAAAGCAGGGUACUACUUGUCAUUGGCUCAUUGCCAUGCCUCCCUCAUGUUUCACAUACAUGAUAGCUAGCUUCUCUUCUUAAGUCUCUGUAUGUUGUUUUCCUUUACUGGGGCUGGCAAACGAUACAAUUGACAUGAUUUUGUUUACUCCAAGGUACAUUACAUAGGCCUUAAGCAUUUAUGAUGCAAUGUAAAACACAAUGCGGGAAGGUAGACUUUCAACAACUUUUCUGUAAAUAAUUAUCAUAUUUGGUUUGUGUUUGUUUCUUUUUGUCAAUAUGUGUAGACUUUUUUCUUGAUUGGGGAUCAUUUUUUUAUUAUUAGGAGAUAUCUUGAGGUCAUGGUGGCAUGUUUUUACAAUGUCACCAUGAAAAUUGUAAUUGCUCCAUGCUCAUCUGUGUAAUGAACUUUUGAAGAAGUACUGGUGUUGCAUCUUCUAUUUCAAAGUCUAUUUCUGCUAAUUUUGGUGCCUAUUUUUCAGAGAACAAGGAAGUUCUCAGUGAUCUUUAAGAGCUACUACCAGCUGAUUUGUGCAACAUACAGAAAUUGGAUGCUGUCCUAUGUUUGGCUAACAUUGAUCCCACUUAUUGGUCAAUUCUUCCUUUUCCAAUAUUCAGGUGAAUUUUUGUUGGUGGUUUAUUUCAUAUUCUUUUAGAGGUUUAAUUAAAUCACCAUUUCCUUUUCUCUGUCCAAUUUUCCAUAUUUCAAAGAGGGAAACCCACUCCAGCAAAGCUGCACUUUGUUUGGUAUUUUAUGUUUUCCAGAUUCUCUAUGCUUUUACUCUGCAUUUUCUUAGUGGAUCCAGUUAUUUCCUUCCACACGAAAAUGAUGAAGCUUCCUUCUAAAUUCUGAUAUUGGAAUCAGCCUGCCUACAUUUACAAUUUCUUUGUGAGGGUUACUAUGUUCAGCAAUUUUUUUCCCCGUUCUGUUAAAUAUU